CCAGUCUUACUUCAUUUGAAUCGAUCGUUGCUUCGCAACAGCAGCAGCUUGAUCAUAUUAUUAAGACUGAAGAAUUACUGCGUGUGUCUAAUAAAAUUUCUGAACAAGAAACGGAUAUUAAAUCACUUAAAUCCCAGAUAAGAGAAGCUUC